ACCGACUUUCUGCUGCUCGAAGACUUUCUGAGGACUAUCGGGCUGAGCCGAGCGGUGUGUUCCGAGACCAGGCAGCAAGCGGGUUCCCUUUGAACGUCUCCUCCAUUCCGGAGCGCCGGACACGCAUAAUGAGCGCCGGACAGACCUACGACAAAAAGAUUGCCAGCAUUUUGACCGACCUUCCCGGAUCUAUGAGCUGCCACCCGAACUCCAAGGAUUCUCCAACUCUCCCUGAGUCUUCCGUGACGGACAUGGGCUACUACAGUGGACAGACGGGCCACCACGAAUUUUACCAGAGUCAGCCGUACGGACAGCCUAUGAACUCCUUCCAUCACCAGUUCAAUCUAAACGGAAUGGGAGCCGCUGGAGCGUACGCGACCAAAUCUGAAUAUUCUUAUACGAACAGCUACAGACAGUACGGACAUUACAACAGAGAUCAUCUGCAGGCCUCUCCUCCGGGAUCAGUAAAAGAAGAGCCAGAACCAGAAGUCCGCAUGGUGAACGGGAAACCCAAAAAGAUUCGCAAGCCGAGGACGAUCUAUUCCAGCUACCAGCUUGCGGCUUUGCAGAGGCGCUUCCAAAAAGCGCAGUACCUCGCCCUUCCCGAGAGAGCAGAGCUGGCUGCCCAACUCGGCCUCACGCAGACACAGGUGAAGAUCUGGUUCCAGAACCGGAGAUCCAAGUUCAAGAAAUUGUACAAGAACGGCGAGGUCCCCCUGGAUCACAGUCCCAACGCCAGCGACUCCAUGGCUUGCAACUCCCCGCCCUCCCCCGCAGUUUGGGAUAACAGCACCCCCCAGAACACGCCAAUCAGUAGGCCCCAGGCGCCACAGCCGGCGCACAGCUCGUCGCCGCCCUACCUGGAGGAUUAUAACAACCACUGGUAUCAGCAGGGAUCGCACCUGCAGCAUCCGGGCACCGUGCACCACCAAGUCCCGCAGCAGAGCGUGGGAGCUGUUUAUUAACGCGGACUCAAAAGGCAGAUGUGUUGCUUCACGUUUGGUUCCCUCAGCCGUGGGCUGUCUGUCCACAGUGACUCUGCAGAGCAAACGCGGACACGGAGCAGGCCUGCCGCGAAACAACACGUUUUGAUUUGGGAUGAUCCAGGAUGUUUUAGGUUUUCCAUUCACAAAGCACAUAAGGGAUUUCUAAUCACUUUUGGCAGCGUAUUUAACGGACAUCCGGCGUGUUUUAUAUUAUUUAUGCUACUGUUAUAUGUGUAGCUUCCUAACUCCUGUAAAUGAAAAUGCAAUUUUUUUAAAGUAACAAACAAACGUCAAAACUGUGUGGCUGACCCACGCAUGCGAGCAGAACACGCACGUGGGUUUGUAGAAAACCUUAAAGUCAAACUCAGGUCAUAUUUAUGUGGAUUUGUAAAAAAAAAAAUGUCGAAGGCUGUAAAUAAGUGUUUAUAUCCAGAACCACUAUUAUCAUAUUUGUUUGAACCGUGGUGCUUUCAAAGACCCUUUUUGUAUUCAUGUAAUUAAUCGAUUUGUUGCCUUCCUGUCAAACGAAUAAAGGUUUUGAAUUCA